AUGUUACGUUUGAUCACAAAAUCUUACCACAGGCGUAGUUAUUGUUUUCUUUUGUUUGUUAAGAUGAAUGUAUUUCGUUUUGCCGGUGAUUCUUCUCAUCUCAUUGCCAUUGUUAUCUUGCUAGUGAAAAUAUGGAAGUCACGUUCAUGUGCAGGACUCUCGGGAAAAUCACAAAUUUUGUUUGCACUUGUGUUUACCUCGCGGUAUUUGGAUCUCAUUUCAAAUUUCGUCUCACUAUAUAAUACGAUUAUGAAGGUGUUCUUUCUUAUAUCUUCAUAUGGAACUAUAUACUUGAUGUUUUUCAAGUUUAGGGCGACUUACGACAACUUUAUGGAAGUAAGUUUUUGCUCAAAAGUUAAAUUUUUCUUUUUGGUUUAUUUAUCACCUAUCGCUUGGUCGUUUUCUAUAUAUCUGGAAGCUGUUGCAAUCAUGCCGCAGCUUUUUAUGCUGUCCCGUACUGGAAGUGCUGAGACAAUUACCGCUCAUUAUCUAUUUGCAUUGGGAGUGUAUCGGGCCCUAUAUAUUUUAAAUUGGAUAUAUCGAUACUACAGCGAAGAAUUCUUUGAUUCUAUUGUAGUCAUUGCUGGUGUUGUACAGACCGCACUUUAUGCUGAUUUCUUCUACUUGUACAUCACGCGAGUGAUUCGAGGACGAAAAAGCUUGGAGCUUCCAGCCUAA